UCAAAUUAAGUGGCAGUGUUGUUAUUAAUUGAAAUUUCGAGGAUACUUAAUCAACAUCAUAAAAUUCAGAUAUAUAUAAACUCGCAACUACAAAGUUAACCCAGAAACAGCAACACCACCAGCAGGAAUGGCUUGCUCUUCUGCUCCACCGUCGAGUAAUACCGCAAUCAACGCCGUCGAUCAAACCAUCACACCAACGAUCUCCACCGUCCAUCACAACAUCAUCGAGACUCACAUCUUAACCCGUCUCGACGGGCCGACCCUCGCAUCAGCUUCUUGCGCCUCUUCACAUCUUCGCGCGCUCGCAUCCGAGCAAACUCUAUGGUCCGAUAUUUGUCACUCCACGUGGCCGUCUACUGACUCGCCACGUCUACGCCAGGUAAUCUCAGCGUUCCCCAAAGGAGCCCGCUCGUUCUUCUCCGACUCAUACCCUCUGGUAACAUCUCCCGCCAACUAUCUGCCGAAUCAUAACCGUCCAUCGGAGUUAAUCUCGGCCGUUGAUGUUUGCUACCGGGGGAAGCUGAUUUUGAGCAGAGUGGUGGAGACUGAAACUGUCACCGGGUGGUUCCGGUGCUCGCCUUUCAGGGUUGACCUGCUGGACCCGAAGGACACGGUGCCGACGCCGAUAGGUCCUCCGGACGAAACAUGUAAAGAGCUGGGGAAUGACUUGACGCUGACCUGGAUCGUAGUCGAUCCUGCCAGUCGGCGUUCUAUGAACCUUUCGAGCAACAAGCCGGUGUCUGUUAACCGGCACUGGCUGACCGGGGAGGUGCACGUGCGAUUCGCAUCGGUACUCGCAGGCGGGAAAGGUUCUUCAUCGGAAUUGGUACAGUGUGGAAUUGUGGCAACGUGCGGGAGCGGGGCCGGCGGAGGGGAAAUGCACGUGAGGGAGGUAAGCCUGCAGGUGGAGGAUAUGGAUGGCAUGAACUUAAACGGGAGGGACAGUUUGGUAAUUUUGCAGAAGGCACUGGAGGGUAAAAGAGGAAAUGGAAGGAGGAGGGAGGAGGAAGGGAAGAGGAGGUAUGAUGAAUACUUGGAGAGGAAAAGGAAGAGGAAGGAAAGACGGAUGAAGAGAGAGGGAGUACUGGAUAUACUAGGUGUUUUAAUGGCGGUUUUGGUUGCUUCAUCUGGUUUAUUCUUUUGGUGGAGGAAAACAUUUUAAGUUUUCAUUAUAAAAAUAUGACAUAAAUUAUCUGUAAAUUCGUUAAAAAUUGAAAUUUCAAGUACGUAAAUUUCAAAUGUAAAAAAAUUAAGUUUGU